AUGCAGGUUUCGAAGAAAAUCCCCUUCGAGCAACCUGAAGUCCUUCUUGGUGUACGAACGAUGUACAUUGCUUCGAACGUCAUAAUCGCCGCCCUUUACUUCUACGUGUACAACCAGAUCAAUCAAAAGAAGGAGCUCAAGACGCUGAAAUAUGUCGAGCCGGCCCCAAUGGGUUCUUCUGAAGAGCCCCGCCCCGUUGUGACGACAAUCCAAGACUACGACAAACAACAACUGCGCUCGCAGUUCAAAUCGCAGCUCAUGGGCGUGGCGAUGAUGUGCGUUAUGCAUCUUUACUUCAAGUACACCAACCCCCUCGUUAUCCAGUCGAUCAUUCCGCUCAAGAGCGCUUUGGAGGCCAGCCUUGUGAAGAUCCACGUGUUCGGACAGCCCGCCAAGGGUGAUUUGGAACGGCCAUGGAAAGCGGCCGGUGGCUUCAUGGGUAUGGGCCAGAGCGAGGUGAAGAGCGACAAGGCCACUGUUGAGAGCGCCGAGAAGUCCUGGAGAGGCGGUGCUAAAGAUGAAUAG